GCGAAUAAACCAGGAAUGAACCUUAUACAUUACGUAGCUCUGCAAGCCGAAAGGAAGAGGAAGGAUUUGCUGGAUUUCGCAAAGGGUAUGACCACUCUGGAAGCCGCUACGAAAUAGCGGAACGAGAAAUGAGUCAAUUGAAACGUGACAUGGAAGAACUCGAAACGUUAAGACGAUCGCUCGCCGAAUUUUUCUGCGAAGACAGCAACACUUUCAAGAUCGAGGAAUGCCUCAAGAUAUUCCAUCAAUUUUGUCAAAAGUUUAAUCAGGCUGUCGCAGAAAACGAGAGACGUAGAAUUCAAGAGGAACAGAUAUUGGCAAGGCGCAAACAACGAGAAGAACAACUUUUGGCUAAAAAACGACUACUGACCAAUAACCAACAACAAAUCGAGGCGCCAACCUCUGAAUCUGAAUACAAUUUAAUUGGUUACGAUCCUUUCGAUCUUGCUAGCGGUUUACCUCAAAGGAAUUACGGUCGUUCCGACGUUAAGAUCAAAAGACUGCAAAACGGGGCUGUCACUUCCGACGAAGAUGUCUCGAUAACCGGAUCGCCUAAUAUUCGACGACGUUUAGGUUCUUGUUCCGGCGGAAUCGUCGACCAGCAAUCUACCAAAGAAGAAACUUACUCGCCAGAUGUUACCCCGAACGGUACCCUUCGUCGUCGAAGAAGUCGAAUACCCUGCGAGGAUGACGACGGUAAUUUAAUGGACUUCUUAAGGACGUCGGGUCAAGACGGCACUCGUGAAAGAAAAUCGUGGGGUAGCUUAGAUCGGUCGUGGGCAAGAAGAGCACGCGGACAGUCUCGCAGAAGCGAUCUAUUAAACGCAGAUUUCUCGAUCGAUCGUGAAAGGCCAAGUUCUCCGUCACCUUUACUCGAGAGCAAACCUUUCUUGCAAGAGGAAGAAACGAAACCGGCAGGGAAAGCAUGGCGACAGAAAAUCGAGGCAUGGUUAUCGGAGAACGAGAAGGAAGACCGUGCAGGCGAAGAGCUGCAGAAAAAGGCAAGACAGUUGCACCAUGCGAAUCGACGCUCCUACGAAGACUCUGAGAGCGAAGGCAAGACGAAUAUUCAAAUGGAAGCUGGUUCCACUCAUGAUACGUACUCGGAAGUUUACGACUGGCGCCCGUCCGUUGAGAAGACAGAUGUGAUGCGCACGAUGGAAGCUAUCGAAGAAGCCGAGACGCAUCCAUCGCAAAAGGAUAAAUCUCCUUGGCGAAAGUCGAGCCUAAACGUACCAAAUAGUAUGGAAGAGACUGACCCGCGUUAUUCCCGCAGGCUAAGAUCACGACUGAGCGCAGAAAACGUGUUAACAUCCAGCACUUUGCAGUCGAUCAAAGAGGAAGAGAGAAAGAAGAAUAAGACCACCGACGUCGUGAAUUCAAGCCCUCAAGACGAGUUAACGAUUUAUCUAAGACAGCCUUACGGCGACUCUCAAACCUCUGGAUCGCGGAGAUUUUCGAAACUGAAGAAAGGCGCCGACGAAGAGAAGAUCACCGACAAGAUCGAGAUCGAUUCCGAUAAUAUAGAAACACCUCCAGCAACUAGAAAGUUAUUCAGCCCACCGAAAGAAGUGAAACCAGUUGAGAAAGAACCGUGUAAAAGAGAACGUUGCAGCAGCUCUUUUCAAAGCAGAGACUUUAAGAAUCCAACGUCGAAAAAUGUAAAUAACACAGACUUCGGAAUAGGCAAUUUUGAUCGUUACUCGGCGGCAAGGAGAACACGAAGAUACAAAAAAAGUCAAGACUCGGCAGAGAAAGACUCGAAACAAGAGCCGAUGGUCGAUGCCGAGUCUUUGGAAGUGAAACCAGCUGACCGUCCGCACUCUUUGCCACUGUCGGAAGAAGAAGGACACGGCGAAGAUUCUGUGCCGUCCGUUUGGCAAGAGAAAUCGAAACGGCAGACGGAAUCCUCGAGUUCGUUCGAUAUCGACACUGCAUUGGCAGAGAUCGCUCGUUCCGGCGAAGAUCUUCAACGAUUGUCGCGACCAUUGAUGCACCGAACCUCGAGGCUACCGGUCAGUCAACCGUCAGCCGUCGUCGCCGUAACCAACACCGUUCUGAGUCCCGUGAUGCAAGAGUCUCGACCUCGAGAAUCCUCGUUGACCGUUCUCGCGGAAAGAGCUGUAACUAGCCGCGAACGACAGAGGACCAUGAUCGAUCCUAGUCAGGUAAAAGAGGCGAUCAGACUGACCAACAAUCCGCCGAGUCAGGUGAACGAAUGUCAAAACGUCUCAACGUGUCGAUCUCGAAAGCAAUCUCGAUCUUUUGGGAAAAACGAAUCCACGAGCGAUGAAAUCGAUCUAGCCAUUACCGAUUCGAAUCGUUGCCAAGAAAACGCAGAUCCCGACGUCGAGAUUUACCACGACAAACGAGCCGAAUCCACGCUGCGAAACCAAAGCAAGAUACAACCUGUACGAUCCAACACGGACGGUUCGGUCUUUCAUCCUAGAUUCGUGCCGCCUGAUAUAAAUGUCACCGCCUCUAACCCCUCCUCUUUUUCUUUGUUGCCUGCUUCCGGGAAAGCUCGAGAUCAGGAGAUGAACGACGAAGGAUUCGAGGAAACGCAGAGUCUAGUUUCGGAAACCCUCAGUCAAGAAACGUCCUCCGGAAAUUACGAAACGGAUACGCAUGAUUCGACGCGAUGCUCGCCAGCCGAAUUACGUUAUCCUGGAACCGAUAAUCAUCCUCCCGUUCACACCACCAUCGACCACAUCCAGGUAACCGAACAUAAUCCGAGCAAAUCGAUCGGAGAUGCGACGUUAAAAACAAUGUCGUCGCCGCCACCGCCGAUCUCGAAAGGAUACGAGAAACGAGCAGGCUCGAUGAAACACACCAGCGAGAAGUCUAGCUUUCUUCCGAAACGAACAAACGCCUUAAAGCGGGACGUUGCGGUGAGAAAAGCGGCAGAGUCGAUGAAACGAAAUUCAAAUCUGACGUUCCAAUCGAACAACAGUCAGACGAGGAACGAGGUAGAACGUUCGGGAUCGAGAAGCAGUCUUCGUAGUUCGCGAAGUUCCUUAAAUAGCGCCACGUCGGUAAACACCGUACGAAAUUUAGUUCCGAAUCACGCGCCUCUUCGUACUUACACGUCAGCGAUUUGCGCGUUAACCAACGAUUUGCGAAAAAGUCCGUCACAUAGUCCGUUACCGCCUAAAAGCAACGAAAAACGUCGAACGAAUCCCCGCGCGACGGUCACUAGAAUACCAGCAAGCAGAAGCAGUAGCAGCGGAAGCAGCGUGGGCCCAACUGCGAGAACCGCUCGCAAGUCUCUCGGGUCAACCACCGAUGUGCAAAAAGCAAACAAAGGACGAGCGCUCUUCUCGCGUAGUAGCAGCAGCGGAAGCGGCAGUAGCAUGCGUCCACAGUCUUUGCCGUUAAAUCGUGUAAACGUGGAAAAGGUGCCAUCGUCCAUCACUAAAAGUAAGUUGAUUCACCCAAGAACUGGAACCAGAAAUCACAGUUUUAUGAGACCGACAGCCGCAAGUGUGAACAAAGGUUCCAUUCCGAAUCUACCCAGGAGCAUCAAAGGUUUGGUCAAGUAAUAAUUCUGUAGAAAAGAAAAAAGAUUCGCUCAAUACCGAUUGACACGCAUCGAUAGCCAUUGGCGAUGCUUUCUUCUAACACAAUCAUUAUUUUUAAACACUCGCCACAGUUUCCUCGUGGAGUUUAAAUCGUUCGCUUUGACAUAGAACAUCGAAGUCAUGUCGAGAUCGUUCGUGGAUGACGGCAUAGUCGCCUCAAGUUCGUUAGAUAUCGGUUCAUUCAGAAGCAUACACAUAUAUCGAAGACAAUGGCACUCGUUUGAAAGAUAUUAGAUCGCAAUAUGAAAUUACAAUGUUUUAAUGUGAGAGAUUGAAAGGUCGUGGAAAGUUAAACGACGACCUAAUAUUUAUGGUAUUCCUUGGGGUUUUAAAUAAAAUACAAUUGCCGCGAUGUGAGAAAUUCAGAGGUACGAGGAUUAUUGUAAAAUACCCUGUACGUACGUCGCCAACCGUUAUGUAAAAAUAUCCGGAGACACAAUAUGUAUGUAUGACAUUACGCUUUACAGAAACUUACUAAAGCAUCGCGAAAACAGUGUUUACUGAAUUAUACAAGUUAUUCGCAUCGCGUGAAACGUAAUUAUCUUAAUCUGGAUUUGGACUGUCAAAUUACGAUUAACGAGAUAAUGCAAAAAUAACUUAUAUGUACGCGAGUUUGUAGCCAUCGUAUACACUAGCUAAUGUAUCGAAUAAUUACUUUCAGUCUUUUCGAAUUCAAUUACAUACACGCAUGUAUCAUAGGAAAUCACUAAUAAUCGAUUUAACUCGCACAGUACACACGCGAGUGUCGUUGAUAACAGAAAAGAAAUAAAUAUGUAUUAUGUAA